AUGGCUGUAGGAAACAACACUCAACGAAGUUAUUCCAUCAUCCCAUGUUUUAUAUUUGUUGAGCUUGUCAUCAUGGCUGGGACAGUGCUGCUUGCCUACUACUUCGAAUGCACUGACACUUUUCAGGUGCAUAUCCAAGGAUUCUUCUGUCAGGAUGGAGACUUAAUGAAGCCUUACCCGGGGACAGAGGAAGAAAGCUUCAUCACCCCUCUGGUGCUCUAUUGUGUGCUGGCUGCCACCCCAACUGCUAUUAUUUUUAUUGGUGAGAUAUCCAUGUAUUUCAUAAAGUCAACCAGAGAAUCUCUGAUUGCCCAGGAGAAAACCAUUCUGACCGGAGAAUGCUGUUACCUGAACCCCUUACUCCGAAGGAUCAUAAGAUUCAUAGGGGUAUUUGCCUUCGGACUUUUUGCUACGGACAUUUUUGUAAACGCCGGGCAGGUGGUCACGGGGCACCUAACGCCAUACUUCCUGACGGUGUGCAAGCCCAACUACACCAGUACAGACUGCCGGGCACACCACCAGUUCAUCAACAAUGGGAACAUUUGUACUGGGGACAUGGAAGUGAUAGAAAAGGCUCGGAGAUCCUUUCCCUCCAAACACGCUGCUCUGAGCAUUUACUCCGCCUUAUAUGCCACGAUGUACAUCACAAGCACAAUCAAGACAAAGAGCAGUCGGCUGGCUAAACCCGUGCUGUGCCUGGGAACCCUCUGCACCGCCUUCCUGACAGGCCUCAAUCGGGUCUCUGAGUACCGGAACCACUGCUCCGACGUGAUUGCGGGCUUCAUCCUGGGUACUGCUGUAGCCCUGUUUCUGGGAAUGUGUGUGGUCCAUAACUUUAAAGGAACACAAGGAUCUCCUUCCAAACCCAAACCCGAGGAUGCCUGUGGAGUACCCCUCAUGGCUUUCCCAAGGAUAGAAAGUCCUCUGGAAACCUUAAGUGCACAGAAUCACUCUGCCUCCAUGACCGAAGUCACCUGAGACAACUGAGGUGUCACAAGCGGUUUUUUUUAUCACCCUCCAAUUCGAUACUUCAAGACACACAGUUACUUGAUGUCAAACUGUGAAGACAAGUAUUAUGUUUAUCUAGUUAGAGGCUAAUGUUUUGUACAUUUUUUGUAUGAGGAAGUGAUGUAGCUUGCCCUGAUUUUUUUUUUUUUUUU